CGAGGUCGUCAGAGUCCAUCGGUGAUAUAAAAGGAUCUCCGAGCUGAAGAAGAGUGUUAAACCAGUUGAGAACAGUGACUACGACAUGCUCGCCUCAUUAAUUCCGUUCUUCUUAGUCGCUCGUGUGGCGGUCGACGAAACCGCAUGGAAAUAUGGUCCGGAAUACAUAUUCAAUAUAGAAAUGAACAUCAUGGAACUGACCAACCCCAUGCACUCUGAUGCGGUACAAAGAUCUAAUUACACCGUGAUGAAUAUGUUCUGCAGACCAAAGUCAUUCGACAAACUGAAUUGUCGCCUGGCAAACGCUAAACGACUUAGCAUAGACGUAACAAAUAAUAAUCAACUGGAUAUACCUGAAGAGGAAAUGAAGCACCUGUAUAGCGAAGAACCAUUCGAUAUAAAAUUCAAUGAAUACGGUAUCGAUUAUUUAUUGGUGAACGAUCAGAUUCCAGUAGGAAAUUUGAAUGAUAUCAAAUUAAUUGCUGAACGUUUAAGCAUCGGUGUUGAUUUGAAUGGAAUACCAGAUGGAGUGUUUGAAAUUUUUGAAAAUUCCACGGUUGGACAGUGCAGUGUCACUGUUGGAGUUCAUCAUUAUCCUUCGACUAAGAUGAUGCACAAGAUAAAAAAUCCUAGAUACGAACUUGAGUCUCUACCACAGUUGAACAAAGUUCCAAGUGAAGCUAUAAUUAUUCAGAAGAUGACGAAUUUGAAUAAUUGCAGUUCUUAUGCUUCGUUUUACUUUGGAUCUUAUGGGAACAAUGUAGUUGAGUCUGAUCUUCAGUCACACUUGGCAAACUCGAUCAGCCGAAUCUACGUGAGCGAUUACCAAUUUGAUUCAUCUUUAACGAGAAACGGCACCAUAGGAUCUGAGAAAAUGAAUAAUCUAGUGGUUAUAUCACAACACGUAGGUUUAACUCUAAGCGACAUUAGAGCUGCUAAAAGAGAAUUGCCUGAACUUUUUGAUGCUUCAAAGACGACUAUUAUGGCUAAUGCUGAUGUUGACAAAUUCUAUCCAAUGAAAUAAAUCUUUCGAAAGAAAGAAUUUAUGAUGCUACAGAUGGAUUGAAAAAUAGAUGAAUAUAGAUGAAACUAUAAACUAUUCACAGUACAAUAAACUGAACUGUUAUAAA